AUUUCAUAAUUAUUUUUUUUAGAAUAAGUUGAUAAAAUUUUCUUCAAUAGAAUGCUUAAUGAUGUUUAGAUAUCUAAUAUGGAUGAUAAAAAGAUUUUUCAAAAAUUCUUAUGCUAUUCUCUUGAUUAUUUUUCUUGUUGUAGUUAUUUUUACUCUAAAACAUUUGUAUUCAAGCCAAAACAGUAGUAAAUUUGAUGCAAAUUUCUUGGAAGAUGUUAAAAAUGAUGAUAAGUUUAAUGCAAAGUUUCUAGAUGAUGUUAUAAAAGAUAGCAGAGAUAAUAUUGAUGAUGUUAUAAAGGAUAGCAGAGAUAAUAUUGCAAUUAUUUCCAAAAAUAUCGAUGAUAUAGAUUUAAAUAAAAAUAUUACUUUUUAUGAAGUUAAAAAAAAUGAAGAAGUUUUGAGUUUUACAAAUGAUUUUCAACCGGAAAAUUAUAAACCUUGUUACAAUGUUCAUAUAUUUUAUUAUCCCUGGUAUGGAAAUCCUGCAGUGGAUGGUGAUUUUGUUCAUUGGAACCAUAAAUAUUUACCUCAUUGGAGUCCAGAAGUAGCAAAAAUGUACCCAAAUGGAAAACAUGUUCCUCCACUUGACAUAGGAAGUAAUUUUUAUCCUGAACUUGGUGCAUAUAGCUCGGCAGAUAUAAAAGUUAUUGAUAACCAUAUGCAGCAAAUUUUAAUGGGAAACAUUGGUGUUCUAGCUGUUUCAUAUUAUCCUCCAGGUUUAUAUGAUGAUAAUGGAAAAGAUUGGCAAUUUUUAUUACCAAAAAUUUUUAAUGUUGCUGCCAAAUACAAAUUAAAGGUUACUUUUCAUAUUGAGCCUUACAAAGAUCGUUCAGAAGUAACAUUAAAACAAGACAUUGAACAUAUUUUAAGAGUUUACGGCUCACACCCUGCAUUCUACAAACAUAAACAUAAAGGCGUUCUUCGUCCAUUAUUAUAUGUUUAUGAUUCUUACCAUACAAAACCUGAAAAUUGGAAACAGCUUCUUGGAACAAAUUCAACUUUAAGUAUUAGAGACACAGCUAAUGACUGUUUUGUGAUUGGCCUUUUGGUAGGGCAAAACCAUAAACAAGACAUUAUUUCAUCAGGUUUUGAUGGUUUUUAUACUUACUUUGCAGCAAAUGGUUUUACGUAUGGCUCUUCAAGGUAUAAUUGGAAAAGUUUGAAGAGUUUUGCAGAUGAAAAUGACUUGCUAUAUAUUCCUAGUAUAGGUCCUGGCUACAUAGAUACAAGAGUACGACCUUGGAAUGCGGAAAACACAAGAAAACGAUUAAAAGGUAAAUAUUAUAUUGACUCAUGGAAUGCAGCUUUAAAUGUGAAACCAGAUUUGAUUUCAAUUACUUCAUUUAAUGAGUGGCAUGAAGGAACUCAGAUUGAAAAAGCUAUCCCAAAAGAAACAACAAAUUUUAAAUAUCUUGAUUACAGCCCUUCUCCACCAGAUUUUUAUCUUAGCUUGACAAACAAGUAUGUACAAACUUUUUCUAAAUGUUCCAUUUGACAUUUUUUUAAUUUCAAGUAAUAAUGACUUGUUAAAUUAUGCUUUACAUUGAACAUAUUUUACAGAAAUAGUAUUUAUCCUAUCAUUCAUUUUUUGCUAUUUGGAUUUUGAAAACUUUGUUUUAUACUAAAAUUUUUGUUUAUGCUAAAAACUCUUUGCAAA